UGGGCACUGCUCUGGGCACAUCAGGCGCUGUCCUCUGCACAGUCCAGUGUCCACUGAGGAAGGCAGGGCCUGGCGUCCUGGGAGCAGUGAAGUCCGUGGAAAGGGAAGUUAGUUUUAUCGCCCCGCCCUGGGGCACGCAGGCCAGCCAGAGGGACACCCUCGGGAGAAUCUUCCCAUCGCCUCCUGCCAAGGGAGCCCUCUGCAAACCUUGGCUAGCUUGGAGCAGGUACCUUUAAAAGCUUCUGUGGCAACCAGCUCCUCCUCCCUGGUCCCCUGAGGCCAUCCCAAGGAAGCUGACUUAGAGGCUCUGCGUUUUCCUGGUUUCUCAGCAAAAGGAAGAUUCCAGGGAGAGCCCAAGGGGGCUGGGGAUGGAUCUGGGAUCAGGCAGCAGCCAGGGUGGGGACUUGGAGACCACCUUCCAGCUGUGGCUGCAGCUGCUCCUCUGGGCCCACCUGGCUGUACGUUUCCUGGGCUACCUGCACCACACCUUCCGGGGGCCUAAGCCACAGCCAGCACCCUGAGCCUCCCUGGCCAGGGGGCAGAAGGCCGCCAGAUCACCCCAUCCCACCCACCCUUUAUUCUACCCUUUCCUGGAAGAGACAGGAAGCAGAGUGAAAGAAUUCUUAGCCAAAGCCAAAGAAGAUUUUCUUAAAAAAUGGGAAAGUCCCGCUCAGAACACAGCCCACUUGGAUCAGUUUGAACGAAUCAAGACCCUCGGCACGGGCUCCUUCGGGCGGGUGAUGCUGGUGAAACACAAGGAGACCGGGAACCACUAUGCCAUGAAGAUCCUCGACAAACAGAAGGUGGUGAAACUGAAACAGAUCGAACACACCCUGAAUGAAAAGCGCAUCCUGCAAGCUGUCAACUUUCCGUUCCUCGUCAAACUCGAGUUCUCCUUCAAGGACAACUCAAACUUAUACAUGGUCAUGGAGUACGUGCCCGGCGGGGAGAUGUUCUCACACCUACGGCGGAUCGGAAGGUUCAGCGAGCCCCAUGCCCGUUUCUACGCGGCCCAGAUCGUCCUGACCUUUGAGUAUCUGCACUCGCUGGAUCUCAUCUACAGGGACCUGAAGCCGGAGAAUCUGCUCAUUGACCAGCAGGGCUACAUUCAGGUGACAGACUUCGGUUUCGCCAAGCGCGUGAAGGGCCGCACUUGGACCUUGUGCGGCACCCCUGAGUACCUGGCCCCUGAGAUUAUCCUGAGCAAAGGCUACAACAAGGCCGUGGACUGGUGGGCCCUGGGGGUUCUUAUCUAUGAAAUGGCCGCUGGCUACCCGCCCUUCUUCGCAGACCAGCCCAUCCAGAUCUAUGAGAAGAUCGUCUCUGGGAAGGUGCGGUUCCCUUCCCACUUCAGCUCUGACUUGAAGGACCUGCUGCGGAACCUCCUGCAGGUAGAUCUCACCAAGCGCUUUGGGAACCUCAAGAAUGGGGUCAACGAUAUCAAGAACCACAAGUGGUUUGCCACAACUGACUGGAUUGCCAUCUACCAGAGGAAGGUGGAAGCUCCCUUCAUACCAAAGUUUAAAGGCCCUGGGGAUACGAGUAACUUUGACGACUAUGAGGAAGAAGAAAUCCGGGUCUCCAUCAAUGAGAAGUGUGGCAAGGAGUUUUCUGAGUUUUAGGGGCGUGCCUGUGCCCCCAUGGGUUUUUUCUUUUUUCUUUUUUUUGGUCGGGGGGGUGGGAGGGUUGGAUUGAACAGCCAGAGGGCCCCAGAGUUCCUUGCAUCUAAUUUCACCCCCACCCCACCCUCCAGGGUUAGGGGGAGCAGGAAGCCCAGAUAAUCAGAGGGACAGAAACACCAGCUGCUCCCCCUCAUCCCCUUCACCCUCCUGCCCCCUCUCCCACUUUUCCCUUCCUCCUUCCCCACAGCCCCCCAGCCCCUCAGCCCUCCCAGCCCACUUCUGCCUGUUUUAAACGAGUUUCUCAACUCCAGUCAGACCAGGUCUUGCUGGUGUAUCCAGGGACAGGGUAUGGAAAGAGGGGCUCACGCUUAACUCCAGCCCCCACCCACACCCCCAUCCCACCCAACCACAGGCCCCACUUGCUAAGGGCAAAUGAACGAAGCGCCAACCUUCCUUUCGGAGUAAUCCUGCCUGGGAAGGAGAGAUUUUUAGUGACAUGUUCAGUGGGUUGCUUGCUAGAAUUUUUUUAAAAAAACAACAAUUUAAAAUCUUAUUUAAGUUCCACCAGUGCCUCCCUCCCUCCUUCCUCUACUCCCACCCCUCCCAUGUCCCCCCAUUCCUCAAAUCCAUUUUAAAGAGAAGCAGACUGACUUUGGAAAGGGAGGCGCUGGGGUUUGAACCUCCCCGCUGCUAAUCUCCCCUGGGCCCCUCCCCGGGGAAUCCUCUCUGCCAAUCCUGCGAGGGUCUAGGCCCCUUUAGGAAGCCUCCGCUCUCUUCUUCCCCAACAGAUCUGUCUUCACCCUUGGGCUUUGAAAGCCAGACAAAGCAGCUGCCCCUCUCCCUGCCAAAGAGGAGUCAUCCCCCAAAAAGACAGAGGGGGAGCCCCAAGCCCAAGUCUUUCCUCCCAGCAGCGUUUUCCCCCAACUCCUUAAUUUUAUUCUCCGCUAGAUUUUAACGUCCAGCCUUCCCUCAGCUGAGUGGGGAGGGCAUCCCUGCAAAAGGGAACAGAAGAGGCCAAGUCCCCCCAAGCCACGGCCCGGGGUUCAAGGCUAGAGCUGCUGGGGAGGGGCUGCCUGUUUUACUCACCCACCAGCUUCCGCCUCCCCCAUCCUGGGCGCCCCUCCUCCAGCUUAGCUGUCAGCUGUCCAUCACCUCUCCCCCACUUUCUCAUUUGUGCUUUUUUCUCUCGUAAAAGUGGGGAGCCGCUGGGGAGCCACCCCAUUCAUCCCCGUAUUUCCCCCUCUCAUAACUUCUCCCCAUCCCAGGAGGAGUUCUCAGGCCUGGGGUGGGGCCCCGGGUGGGUGCGGGGGCGAUUCAACCUGUGUGCUGCGAAGGACGAGACUUCCUCUUGAACAGUGUGCUGUUGUAAACAUAUUUGAAAACUAUUACCAAUAAAGUUUUGUUUAAAAAAAAAA